ACUGAGAUGUAAUGUAUCUCACAUCGGAAUCUUUUUACAUUCUUAGCAUUAUGCUGCAGCAUGUGGUGAAGCCUGAAUGAAUAUACGGAAUCGCUUUUCGGAACAUACAUAAAGAAGCAAUGCAUGAAAUAAGAAUACUUGGUGCAACUGAUACAGUAUCCACUACUUUGUUACAUAUCAUGGAACAGUGCAUACAGACUGAAACUGGUGCACAGCUCUUGACUCGGCUGAUGAGUAGACCUUCCCUCCAAGGACUAGAACAAAUCUUAUUUGAGGAUGGUCCACGACAAAACGAGGUGAUUGAAAUUUCAGGCAAUUUAUCCAGCGGAAAGACGCUUUUGUUGACACAACUACUUGCCAAAUGCCUUCUGCCCAAGAAAUACAAAGAUAUUAAGUUGAAUGGGCUGUGUGCGGGUGCUAUACUUGUGAACACUGAUCAUCAUUUUGAGAUCACAACACUUAUUAAUUUGAUGAAAUUUACCAUAAAUAAUGCAAUGCAAACUGACAGAUUAGCUAAUAAUCUCGUCCCUCCAGGAAUAAUUGACACAAUAAUUGAGGAUUCCCUAUCCCGUUUAACUGUUGUAAAUUGUUAUGAAAGCACCCAGUUUCUUCUGGCCUUACAGUCUCUGGAAUAUAUAUUGUCAAACAAUGAGAAAAUCGCAAUGAUAGUUAUUGAUAGUAUUUCGUCGUAUUAUUGGCAAGAUAGAGAAUGUGGAGAAGCUUGGUCAAUGGAUGCGUACCUCAGUAACUAUUUGAAAAUAGCUCAAAAGAAUAUCAUCAACCAGAAAGUCGUUCUUCUCUAUAGUAGACCUAGUAACUUUAUAUCUGUAGGCAAAGAAACUACAGCUUGUGUUUCUGCACCAGAGGAAGACAAAGUCAAUUAUAGGAUACAACUUAAGAAAUGGGAGAAUACUACUGAAUUUUCGGCCACGGUACAUUCAGCAACUAAUCGGAUUGAUUUGAAGUUUACCAUUAGUGAUGAGGGUAUAAAAUGGAAACUUCCUAAAGUAGAAAAAUAGAUUCAGCCUGCUAUUUGUUGAAAAAAUCUAACCCCGCACUAUUCUAGAAAGUGGAAACAAAUUGGAAAAUGUAUUGCAAGACUAUACUAAUUGAUUAGUGAAUUCAAUAAAUAUUUUUGCUAAGAAAA